CGUCCCUGUCUGAAAGUCAGGCGAGGGAAAGCGGAAGGAGGAAGAAGAAAAUGGCGGCGAUGGUGGCGGAAGGGGAGUCGGUGGGGCUUUGCCGGGGGAAGAAGGGCGCUGGCGGGCGGCUCCUGCGGGGGAUCCUCUUCUUCGCCUUGGCGGCGGGUUCUGGGUGGUGCAACUCCGUGGAGCGGAAGAUCUACAUCCCCCUCAACAGGACGGCUACCUGCGUCCGCCUCUUGAACGCCACCCACCAGAUCGGCUGCCAGUCCUCCAUGAAUGGAGACACAGGAGUCAUCCAUGUAGUGGAGAAAGAAUCAGAUCUGAAUUGGGUGCUGACAGAUGGGCCACACUCUCCUUAUGUGGUGCUGAUGGAUGGGGAACUAUUCACUGGGGAACUGAUGCAGAGGUUGAAAGGCAGCUCUCGGAUUUCUGGACUAGCAGUAGCCAUCGCCAAGCCCAGCCCCUCUAAAGGAUUCUCUCCUGGCUUAAAAUGCCCCAAUGAUGGCUUUGGCAUCUACAAUGGCACUUAUGGCCCUGAAUAUGCACAUUGCAAGGUCACGGUCUGGAACAUCCUCGGCAGCGGCCUUUCCUAUGAAGACUUUGGCUUUCCUAUCUUCCUCCUCCAAGAUGAGAAUGAAACAGAGGUCAUCAAGCAGUGCUAUCAAACCUACAACCACCCUCACAAUGGCUCUAUCCCGCAGUACCCACUGUGCGCCAUGCAGCUCUCUUCCCACAUGCACGCGGUGACAAGCACAGUCACAUGUAUGCGCCGCAGUGCUAUCCAGAGCACCUUCAGCCUCAACCCAGAGGUGGUCUGUGACCCCCUCACCGAUUACAAUGUAUGGAGUGCUGUGAAACCCAUCAACGAUUCUGAGAAGCUGAGCCCCAACAGUGUCGUCUUCGCUUCCUCUCGGAUCGACAGCCAUUCUUUCUUCUGGAAUGUGGCUCCCGGAGCAGAGAGUGCCAUUGCCUCUUUCGUAACCCUCCUGGCUGCAGCUGAAGCCAUACACAAAAUCCCCAAUGUCCAGUCCUUGCCGAGAAACAUUAUGUUUGCCUUCUUCCAAGGGGAGACCUUUGACUACAUUGGCAGCUCCCGCAUGGUGUACGACAUGCAGAACGAGAAGUUCCCGGUCAGCCUGGACAGCAUCCACUCUUUCCUGGAGCUGAGUCAGGUUGCGCUCAGGAGUGGCUCCAAUCUGUUUAUACACACUGAUCCUGUCUCUCGCAGGAGCCAAUCUGUGGAGGCAACUAUUCAAAGCAUGGUGCAGACGCUGAAAAACAGCAUCAUUAAGACCGGUGUGGUCAUGAACGAGGUUGGGGUGUCCCAGCCUCUUCCGCCGUCCUCCUUCCAGCGGUUCCUGAGGGCCAAGCAGCUCCCUGGAGUGGUACUGGCUGACCACCAGUCCUCUUUCCAGAACAGGUACUACCAGAGCAUCUACGACACGGCAGAGAACAUCCUCCUGCAAUAUCCAGAGGGAAUGAGCCCCGAGGAGGCCUUGAACCAUGUGACGGACACGGCCAAGUCCCUGGCAGAAGUGGCCACUGUGGUUGCCCGCACUCUCUACCAGCUUGCCGGGGGAAGGGGCGACGUCGCCUUGGCAGUUGAGGCAGAUCCCGUGACGGUCACCCGCAUGCUGUAUGGCUUCUUAGUGAAGGCAAACAACUCCUGGUUCCAGUCAAUAGUUCAACCUGAGUUCAAAGGCUAUCUUGGUGAGGAACCCCUCCAGUACUACAUUGCGGUCAGCAGCCCCGUGAACACGACCCUCCUUGUGCAGUACGUCCUGGCCAACCUCACAGGCACCAGGCUGAACGACAGCAUCACCAAGGAGCAAUGCCAGAACUUGGGCAAGGCCUCCAAGGAUGACCUGUAUGAAUACACUUGGGCCCAAGGCUCCCCGUACCCCAACGCCACAUCUCCUCGCAAGCCCUUUUGUGUCAGGUCGACAGUCCGCCUGGCCCUGGCGACCUCCCCAGCCUUUGAGCUUGAAGAUUGGGGGUCUUUGGAGUACUCCACCUGGACGGAGAGCCGCUGGAAGGAGCUUCACGCCCGAAUCUUCUUGGUAUCCAGCAAACAGCUAGAGAUUAUCACCCUCGUCAUUGGGAUCGCCAUCCUCAUUGUCUCCUUCAUCGCCACCUACUUCAUCAAUGCCAAAGCGGACGUACUCUUCGGUAGCCCAGGGGACUCUGGGCCUGUGGCCUAUUGAACACGGAUUUGGGAAAUCAUUGGCCGCAGGGGCCAAUGAGCAUGCGUGCGUACGCACAAGAGACAAAAUGAACUUGACAUUGCUGGUAGAACAACACUGGAGUUCCUUUCCGGGUCGACACAGACCGUGGAACGGAAAGGAACCAUCUCCCCCGAUCCCACCCCCCGUCCCCCAAAAAUCUAGCCCAGAAAAAAGACACUGGCAGCAGAGGGGCAAUUUGAUUUGGAGGUUGGGUUGGUAAAGUCCAGGUCUCUUUCACCUUCUCUUUGCAUGGAUCCUUGGCAGCCGGAGCUGUGAGCAUGGCUGCCGGAUGCUGGGAAGCUCCUUUCCAGGCGUUUGUGUGGCUGGAGGGUCGUCCCUCUCGAUUCCCCCCCUCCUCAUUUUCAAAAUCCAAAAUUAGCAGCAAAUGAAAUGACCCCAAUUGCUUGAUCUUUGUGUUGCAAAGGAGGCAAUUCAGAGGGGGACACGGGGAAGCCGCCGGAAAGGCCAAGUUGGAUGUAAAAAAAAUGCUUUUUUAAAAAAACAAAACCACAAAUGAUGAUAAUAAUAAUAAUAAUAGGGUUUUUGUACAUAUUAUAUAAAAAGCUUGGUUUAAUUAAAAAAAAUACUUACAAAUUAAAA